AUGCAUAUCUCCUUCGCUUACCUUGGCUUUGUGCUUGCUGCCUCCGCUGCUGCCAGUCCGCGUCAUUUGGCGCGAACCGAGACAGUUGCUCGGUUGAGCGUUCGUAGUGAAGAACAGGCCGGCGGCGACGAUCAUGUCAAGAUGAAGUGCUUUGGUGGCUGUGGUGGAGGUCUUCCUGUUCCAGGGCCCACUUCAUGCUGGAAUGCUCCCGUCGUCUUCCACGGCGGCGGUGGUUUACCACCCAUGAACACCUUCUUUUCCACCGUUCAAAGCUACACUGUCAUCACAUCCAACACCGUCAACAUCUGGAACGGUGGCCUAGACCCUCAAUCCAUCUUACUUCAGUUCCAAAUCAUGGUCACCAGUCUUUCAACUCUGUUCUCCACUUUACAAGGCGGUUGUUCCUUCCAAGGAAACCCUCAAGUCUUCAUCUCCACUUUUUCCCCGCUGAUCAUUCAAAUCCAAAGCAUGCUCACGAUCAUCAACACUCAAUGUGUUGGUAUUAUCGGUUCCUUCCAAUCCUCGUUUGCCGUUCUAUCUGUCUUAAUCCAAUCGAUCGUCGGUGUUGCAAUCACCUUCCAUGUCGAGGUUCAACAAUUCUUCUCCGCCUGCAACUUCAACCCUCAGCUCUGGUCACCUCUCGGUUUCCCAGUCGAUAGCUGGAUCCACGGAGUUCCAGGUGUAUUCCCCGGAGUUCCAGGUGGAUUUGGUCCAGGUGGUUUCCCAGGUGUUCCAGGUGGUUUCCCAGGUGGUGUGCCAGGUGGUUUCCCAGGUGGUGUGCCAGUUCCAGUACCUGGAGGUGUGCCAGUUCCAGUACCUGGAGGUGUACCAGUUCCAGUACCUGGAGGUCCCAAUGGCUGUUUCCGAUCACUUGGUCUCCUCAGCACCUUACUCCACGUCCUCAUCGUCAUCCUUGAACCUCUUUUCAUAGGCCUUGGUGCGCUCUUGAAAGGUGUUGGUCUCCUCGUCACAAACCUCGGUGUAGCCGUGGGCGGUCUUCUUGAUGGUGGCCUUCUUGGUGGUGGUCUCCUUGGUUCGAUCUAGAGUCUGAAUAUUUUGUCCAGAUCGUAGUCUGUUUCCCGUUCCUUGGUUUGAAUCAUCUUUCUGGUAUUCCUACCUCUCGUGGCCUACUUCUUGUUCACUUUUUCCUUCUUGUCGGUAUACAACUUAAGGCUAAGCCGCCCUUUUAGCUUGUUCAUUGCGGACCUUUCAUGCAGUAGCUUAAAUGGCAAAACGGCAAUUUAUGUUUUUGUUCAUCUUGUUUUUAUCAUAAUAAUGAGAAUGCAAAUGAGAAGAUUGGGAGAGGCAUAAAAAGCCGCAUUCAUACAUUUUUA